AUGUAUCACCCUUCAGAGAUGUUCUCACAGUAUGGGGGCUCUUAUCCUCUACGACCUCCCCCACCUCCUGGGGCUGGGUAUCCCCAGAAUCAGGCAUCCCAGUAUGAAGCCUUCAGAUACCCAGACCUUGAUGCUGCACCCAAGUUGGACAGCUUCUUCCCUGGCCUGGAACCCCCAGGGCGCCUCCUCCCCACCACUUCCAGCCUCCCUUAUGGAUCAGGUCAGGCACUCCCGUCAGGUCCCCCACCAACAACACGCCUACCCCCUGGAGUACGGAUGAGCCUGGAGAAUGGCGAGCUUUGGAAACGUUUCAGUGGAAUUGGCACAGAGAUGAUCAUCACCAAGGCAGGCAGGAGGAUGUUUCCACAGCUGAAAGUUUCUGUAACAGGGCUGGAUCCUGAAGCCAAGUACCUGCUGCUGGUGGAUGUAGUCCCAAUAGGCAGCUCACGUUACAAGUGGCAUGGCAAGCGGUGGGAGGCCAGUGGCAAAGCCGAAUUACCACCACCAGACCGCGUCUACAUCCACCCUGACUCACCUGCAUCAGGUGCCCACUGGAUGCGCCAACCUGUAUCCUUCCACCGGCUCAAGCUCACCAACAACACACUGGAUCCCCAUGGACAUCUAAUUGUGCACUCCAUGCACCGUUACCAGCCACGGGUACAUGUGGUUGGGGCUGGAGGACGCCGUGGAGCAGGAGGUGGCUGUGCUUCCUUUACCUUUCCUGAAACCCAGUUUUUGACUGUCACGGCCUACCAGAACCCACAGAUCACCCAAAUGAAAAUAGAGAGCAACCCUUUUGCAAAAGGCUUCAGAGAGAAUGGCAUGAACAGCAAAAGGGAACGUGAGGCCCGAAUUAAGAGGAAGAUGAAGGCAAAUGAAUGUGAGGCCAACGUGGGGGAAAAUGAAAGCAAGAAAGGCCCCUGUGACUCCACCCUAACAGAGGAAACACCUUUGGAGCAGCAACAGCAACCACCUGCACUUUCACAACCUUCCUGCUCCUUCUACUCCCCUGCAGGAACCAAUCCCGAUGGGGCCGAAGCUUAUAUGCAGCAUCCAGCUGCCUUUCAUGGCUUGCGAAAUGCAUCACCCCCCUACUGCAGUCCAAGUCAAGAAAUGGCAGCUCCUCCAUCUUCCCCCAAUACUAAGUCACCUCCUGAGCAAUCUGAUUUCAGAGCAACGCUCCCAACAAGUUGGAAUAGCCUGGAUAUUAUUCCUUUCCUUGGUGGGGCAGAACCACCAGAUGCCUCCUCCUUCCCCCCUUUCAAAUUCAGCUUCACACCCUACCCAGCUCCCCCACAUAUCUAUGGGGCCCCAUCUAGCUAUCCGGGUUCACAGCCACCUAUGUUCUAA